AUGGCCACCAUAAAUUUUGACCAGUAUUUUUCCUACGAAGCCCGCCUAGCCUCCUUUCAGAGGACGACCAAGAAGCGCGGAUCGGCUACCGGCGGACGAGGAGCAGCCAAGGCACUCAACUGGCCUCACAAACAGAUUUCGGCCACUAGCCUUGCCAGAGCCGGAUUUGUAUUCAGCCCUAGCCCCGACAGCCCCGACAAUACGAUAUGCUUCUUGUGCGAAAAGGGAUUGGAUGGAUGGGAAGCUGGCGACGACCCGGUCUACGAGCAUGUCAAACAUGCGCCCCACUGCGGUUGGGCAUUGGUUGCUGCCAUUGAGGCCGAUAUUGGAGAUUACGCAAGAGAAGACCCCAACGAUCCCGAAAUGGUCGAAGCGCGCAAGGCGACUUUUGCCGGCAGAUGGCCCCAUGAGAAUAAAAGGGGCUGGAAAUGCAAGACUAAGCAGCUAGUAGAAGCUGGGUGGAAGUAUACGCCAACUGGGGAGUCGGAUGACAUGGCUACGUGUGCAUACUGUCAGCUGGCACUCGAUGGAUGGGAACAAGGCGACAAGCCUUUAGAUGAGCACUACAACCGGUCUCCUGACUGUCCUUUUUUCUCCCUAGUUAGCCAGUAUAAAGCUCUAGGGAAGGCAUCUAACCGUGGAAGGGCAUCACGCAACUCAUCUGUAUCUGCCCAGUCACGUGGGGCAGCAGCCACCGAUAUCUCAAAUCCUUCUGAUAUGAGUGCUGGGUUCGACGAUAGCGUUGCUACAGGUUCAUCUUCGGCCGCACAGCCUGGGGCGAAGAAACCUAGAGCAAAGAGGGGGACGGGCGCGAAAGCUGGUAGGAAGAAGACCAAAAAGGAGGAGCCAUCUGAAUUGCUUGAUGAAAGCAGCCAAAUGGAAGAAGACACGCAACCGCCGAAACUUAGGCGAGGCAAAAAGAGGUCGAGUGAUGCUAUAGAGGAAUCGACAAUGAGCUUGAUGGGUGGGCCUACACUGAAAAAGAGAGCGUCGCAGCUUUCUGUCGACGACACCAUUGACAACAUUGCAGCCCAUGAAGAUGACUCCGAAAUGACCGAUGUUUCCAGUGUUUCCUACAAGAAGAAUGGAGCACCAUCAUCUAGAUCAAGGCCGGGUCGCAAACGCACUUCGAAGCUGAAUUCACACGCUUCUAUGGCAUCCUUACGGGCCCCUGGUGGCUUUCUAAAUGAUGAUGAGAUUGAACGCCGAUUGGAGGCUGAUCUAGAAUACCACUUCACCGAUGACGAGGAGAUUGCAUACGAUUCUGACUCGACGCGGAAUAUGGCUAAAGCAAGCAGAACAGUAACUGACUCGGAAGCCGAAACUACUCAAAUCGCAAAGCCAAAGUCGCCUGAGCAUGCCAUGUUGGAAACGGCCGUGCCUGAACCCAAUGAGAUUGAGGUUGAAGAUGAGCUUCAAGCUCUACAAGCGGAGAUGGAAGUUAAAGAAUCAGCACCUAAGAGAGGCCGUAAAGCUGGCGUACAAAAGACACUUAAGCAGCUCAAAUUUAAGAAGGUUGAGGCUGAAUCUGAAUUUUCGGAGUCACAGAAAGAAGAAGAAAGAGUGGCAUCGGCUGAUGUCAGUGUGAGCAGCACUAGGAGUGUUCUGAAGAUACCAAACUUGCCACCUCCUGCUGGAAAACGUGGACGUGGGCGCCCGAGGGCAUCACUUACAUCUCAAGAUGAAUCUAUCGUUGAGACUGACGAGUCGGCACAACAGCCGAUUAAGCGUGGGCGAGGCCGGCCGUCGAGAGAAUCAUUGGCGUCUUUAUUAUCCGCUGAGUCUGGGGAUACCCAUAUAGCUAAAGCUUCCGUGAAGCGAGGCCGCGGUAGACCUUCAAAUGAGUCUCCAGACUCGACAGGGGCAGAUGAAGACAGCGAGGCUGCCUCUGCUCUAGCCCCAAAACGCAGAGGACGACCAUCUAAAGCUUCCUCUACAUCGCAGAAUGCCCAUGAUUAUACAGCUGUUGGGAGAAGCAAAGAUGCUUAUGCACCUGUGAAACGUGGCCGUGGAAGACCGGCUAAGAAAAUGGUCGACAUUACGUCCACAGAACAGACUGAAACAGAGGUUGACGAGGAGUUUGUCGAAGCUCCUGAGCCAUCAGAAGCACUCCCCCGGCCUCCUAAACAAUCACCUUUGCGGGCCAUUUUCUCGCCCAAGGAAGAUGCUCUAUCUCUGGCUCCACUGCCAGGUACUCCGUCCAAGCUUCUGUCUCCUGUACCUUCGGCUAGACAGCCAGUACUGUCACCAUCACAAUCUCCCCAAUCAUCAGAUGCAGAGAACCAGCCUCCUGUGUCUCGUGCCCCCGCUGCUGGCGAUGCAAAGCGUAUUAUAUUGGCACCUGUGGCAGCAACGCCAAUUCAGGGAUCGCCUUCGAAGCGUAACGUUAUGACCGGGCUUCGAAGCACAACACAAUGGGCCUCUGCGAGCUUAGAAGCCAUCUUUGGCUCACCACUUGGCACUCCAGGAAAGGAGAAUGAUGUGGAUAGAUUUUUGAAGCGAGGCAACGAGCUGACCAGUCCAGAGCGACAAAUGAGCGUGGAAGAAUGGAUUUACUUUAACGCGGCGGAAGCUGAAAAGAAGCUCAAGUACGAAUGUGAAUCUUUGGUCAACCGAUUUGAAAUGGAAGGCACCAGAGCCAUCAAAGUCUUGGAGGGCUUAGAGGUUGUUGAAGCUGAAAGCUAA